AUGGUCUACAUUCCUCCUCCACACCUCGCUCAGCCUGGAAAGCCAUCGUAUUCAGAUGCUUACAACAAUAUCAUCUCAGCCUAUAGACGUUCUCCACAAACCUCAGCGUCGUCAGUUAUCAUGCUUGUCGCCCCAGACGUCGACGCGUUGUGUGCUGCACGUAUGCUGGCUUCUUUGUUGACUGACGACGAUGUCGUCUAUCGCGUUAUACCUGUAUCAAGCGUGCAGGAACUACAACUUGUACGGGACGAACUGAGUACAUACACAGAGCUGCAUACGCUGAUUCUGAUAAACAUGGGUAACUUUUGCGACCUUCCAACUCCUCAAUGGUUCGGAGAAUUCGAUACCAAAGUCUGUAUUCAUGUCAUCGAUUCCUCACGGCCUCGGAGUAUGGCCAACUUGUUUGCGCCGGGGGAGAACGGCGAGAGGGUCGUGCUUUGGGACGACGGUGACGCAGAGAAGCUGGGAGAUCUGCGCAAGGCUUGGGAAACGCUUGAAUUUGAACCUUUGCCAGAUUCUGACGACGAAGAGUCCGACGACGAAUCUUUCUAUGAAGAAGAUCUGGAGGAAGAGGCUGAAGACGACGAGAACGGCUCUCCUAACGGGAAACGGAAGUCUAGGGAAGGGGAGAGGGACUCACGGAAGCGGAGAAAGCUGGAUGAGAGCGUUUACCGCGUUUCAAGAGAAGAAGUGUACCAAUACAAACAGAAGCUCAACAAGUAUUACUAUGCGGGGACAUCCUAUGGCCAGAGCGCAGCCAGCACCGUGUACAUUCUAGCCACCGUUCUAGAACGCGUCGACAAUGAUUUACUGUGGCUCGCGAUCCUUGGCUUGACCUACCAAUAUGCCACCGCCCGAAUAUCGCGAGACGAAUAUGAACAACAACAUAGCGUUUAUCACGACGAGGUGUCCCGACUCAACCCCCUUCCUUCAAAUUCAGAAGAAUCACACUCCCUGAACUCCCUUAGCCCAGACGACUGGGGCGUUCGUCCGACAGAGGAACUCCGCUUCAUGUUGUUCAGACAUUGGAAUCUCUAUGACGCGAUGUACCAUUCCAGUUAUGUCGCAAGCAAGCUCGGGAUCUGGAAAGAGCGGGGUCGGAAAAGGCUGACAGGCCUCCUGGCAAAAAUGGGAUUCUCUGUUUCUCAGACGCAACAGCCUUAUUCGCAUAUGGACAUGGAUCUUAAACGUGCCUUGAUCAAGAAAUUGGACGAUGUGGCCCCCGAAUAUGGCUUGGUCGAACUUUCGUACCCUUCUUUCAUGCGAUGUUACGGGUACCAUUCACAACCACUUUCUGCAGCUGACGCAGUGGAGAGUGUGAAUGCGUUACUGGAUUUUGCAGGAGGCACCCGAAUGGAGAUCGAGUUGGAAGGACACCGCAAUGGCGGCGAAUGGUUUGGUGGAGGAAAGCAAUGGGAGGCCGCUGGUUAUGAGAAGGAUGUUCUUCCCGCGAUUAAACCUGGCGGAGGAUCUGCUCAACAACCCACCAAUGGCCCCACAACCGAUGGGGAUGAUCUUCCAGAAGAAAACGCGGGUGUCGAUUGGUGGAAGAAAAACUUCUGGAGUGCAUACGAUGCUCUGACGGACAUCAGGCGCCUGCGAGAGGCGAUCAGUCUUGCAAUGGCAGUUCACAAAGCGAUUAUCCGCCAAGGGACGUCAAUUAUUGACAAGCAGGACAUUAAGACAAUGCGAAAUCACCGCGUGGUAGUCUUGACGCAGGGACCUGACCUUCACCUCUUCCACCAUCCAGGGAUGUUGACACGGUUGGCUCUCUGGCUCAUUGACGCCCUCCGAGAUCGCCUUCCAGCGACGGCAGCCGCUGCGCGUUCUAAACGGAAGGAUCUUCCGUUUAUAGUCGCAUGUUUGAAUGAAGCCAAAGGCACGUACAUCGUGGCCGGUAUCAUGGCCUCCCCAGAGUUUGGAGACAUCCGUCGGAACACCUUUUCCACUAAUUUCUUGAAUGCAAGUGCCACGACCAACACCGAAAUCCAACACACUUCUUUUAAUACAAAUGUCAUUGAGAUCGACGAGAAGGACUUGAAGCCGUUUUUGGAGGCGCUGUGUUCUUAG